CACAUGCUUUUGUAAACAAAUAAAAACAAAAAUUUGAAAAUAUUACAAAAAAUUAAUAAGCUAUGGGAAAACGUAAACGAGGAGAUGUAAAACCAAAAGUGGAAGGAGAAUACGAUUUACCUCCAAAACAUACAAAAGCAGUUCACGUUGAAAGUAAUAAAAAACGACUUAUUGUUAUUUUACAUGGAGCACAACUUGAAACAGUGAAAGUUGGCAAUACAUUUGAAUUGUUAAACUGUGAUGAUCAUCUGCAAAUAUUGAAAAAAUAUAAUCGCGAUCCAGGAUCAUGUCGGCCGGAUAUAACUCACCAAUCGCUUCUGAUGUUGAUGGAUUCACCUCUUAAUCGUGCUGGAAUGCUUCAAGUUUAUAUAAAAACUGAGAAAAAUGUUCUCAUUGAAAUCAACCCUCAAACAAGAAUUCCCCGGACAUUCAAAAGGUUUGCUGGUCUCAUGGUUCAAUUACUGCAUAAAUUUUCUGUGAGAGCUAAUGAAACUUCGGUGAGACUUCUACAUGUCAUCAAAAAUCCGGUAACUGAUCAUCUUCCCGUUGGUUGCAAAAAGAUUACCAUGUCGUUCAGUUCAAAAGUCGUUAAAAAUUGUCGAGAACUUGUUCCGGCUGGUGAUGAAGCUAUCGCUAUGGUCAUUGGAGCUUUUGCACAUGGAAAUCUUGAAGUUGAUUAUACUGAAGAAGCAAUUUCUAUUAGCAAUUAUCCCUUGUCAGCUGCACUCACAUGUACAAAAUUGUGUUCGGCUUUCGAAGAAGUUUGGGGAGUUUUUGUUUACGAUCGUUGCGACAGCAGUACAGAAGAAAUGUUUUUAAAAUUUUCUUUUGUAUUUAAUUUAUUUUUAAGUAUUUUAAUUGUUGAUGGGCAGCUUGAAGGCGAUUCGUGUGUAAGGAAGUACGAUAACAGCCCUGGUAUUUGUAGAAGUGUCAGAAGGUGUCCGAAGGUUCGCGAAGAUUAUAAUUACGGUGUUCCUUUGACAAUCUGCUCUUAUUUAAAUGGUGAGCCUACGGUUUGUUGUCCAUUAACUGAUGUUGCAAGUGGAGGUUCUGUUUGGAGUUCUCGACCAAAUUCUAAUAGUUUAAAUGAUAAUAGGAGAAUAAGUGAAAUAAAAUGUGAGGAAUACGCAGAAUUGACGAAGGAAAAAGUUUACAUAAAUGGAUUAUCAUUAUUGACUCAAAAUCAAGUUCUUUCCUUGACCAAAUGCGACACAACAGUCCCGCUAAUCGUCGGGGGUGAAAAGACGAAGAAAGGAGAAUAUCCACACAUGGCAGCAAUCGGCUGGAGAACUUAUGAUGGAAGUCUCGAGUUUAAAUGUGGAGGCUCAUUAAUAUCUGAAAGAUUUGUGUUGACAGCUGCACAUUGUUCAAGAGCUGAUGGCUUAGCACCUUCAUUUGUUCGACUUGGUGAUCAAAAUAUAAAAUCGAGAACCGAUGGACUAGUUGAAGUUGAUAUAGCAAUAGCUGAAUUUAUAGCUCAUGAAGAUUAUCGAAGAAGUUCUUUUUACAAUGACAUCGCGUUGAUAAAGAUGGCACAACGAGUUGAUUUUACAAAAUAUAUUCGACCAGCUUGUCUUUGGCAAACGAUAAACAUCAACACAACAAAAACGAUAGCAACUGGAUGGGGCUACACAGAAACUGCUGGUAGAUCUUCAAAUGAACUUAUGAAAGUUGAACUCAACAUUAUUAACAACAUUCAAUGUAAUCGAUACUUUACUGAAAGUAAAUUAGGUCGUGGGAUUAUCAACAGUCAAGUUUGUGCCGGCGUUUUAAGUGGAUCAAAGGAUACUUGCAAUGGCGAUUCUGGUGGACCAAUUCAAGUCACAACCCCAGUUAACAAAUGCUUGUUCCACAUCAUUGGAGUGACAAGCUUCGGGAGUCCUUUUUGUGGUCUUAGGAAUUCUCCAGGUGUAUACACAAGAGUUUCAUCAUUUCUUGAUUGGAUUGAAGAAAAAGUCUGGCGUUGAAAAGAAACUGAAAUCUGUGUUGUUUAGACAUGUUUUAAAGAAGAAGCUUUUGAAUUUGUUUUGAUAAUUUUUAAACAUAAAAAAAAUAAAAAAAUAAAUUAUUUACAUAUUUGCU